AUGUGGAUCUUUACAAACCACGUCAGCCUUUGGUUUGCCGCCUGGCUCAGCGUUUUGUAUUUGGUAAAGAUUGCCACCUUCUCCCACCCCAUUUUCCGCCGAGUGAAGCUACGAUUCUCUGGGCUGGUCCCUUGGCUCCUUCUCAGCUCAGUGGUUUUCUCAGCUUUUAUGACUACUAUUGUUAUUCCUAUACAUUUAGUGCCUUCUGUGAUAUGUCUGUCAUCCAUGAUCUUGUUAAUAAUCUCUCUGUGGAAGCACAUAAGACAUUUGCAACGCAAUGGAAUUGGAGUCAGGGAUCUCAACACGCAAGUUCACUUGACUGCCAUCAAAGCUCUGGCUUCCUUUGCUAUUUUGUACCUGUCCAGUUUUGAAGAGGACAUUCUCUUGAGGAGGAAGAAACCUGAAAAACCCUUCAGGCACAAUCCGUUGACAAGUUCUCUUGGUGUUUAA